CUUUGGCCCAAUCCACAAAACCCUAGACAUACAUAGCAGUGUAUAUAAUCAAAUCUUCAUUUUUGAACAAACCCUAGUAGCAGCUGCUCUCUCUGAUCAACUUUCGGCAACAUUUUUGCAAAUUCCAGAUUACCCAAUAUCAAAAUGAAGGUUGUAGCUGCAUACUUGUUAGCUGUAUUGGGUGGUAACACUUGCCCAACUAAUGAUGAUAUCAAGAACAUUCUUGGAUCAGUUGGAGCAGAUGCAGAGGAUGAUAAGAUUGAGUUGUUACUUUCUGAGGUAAAGGGAAAGGAUAUCACCGAAUUGAUUGCAUCUGGCAGGGAGAAGUUGGCUUCAGUCCCAUCAGGUGGUGGUGGUGUUGCUGUGGCUGCAGCUGCCCCAGGUGCUGGUGGUGCUGCUGCUCCUGCUGCCGAGGCAAAGAAAGAAGAGAAAGUUGAAGAGAAAGAAGAGUCAGAUGAUGAUAUGGGCUUCAGUCUCUUCGAUUAAGUUGAAUGAACUUUUAUGCAUUUUGGAUUUGCGUUGUUGAGUAGUGUUUUCAGUUUCUAGACUUCAGAUGACAAUACUGACUUCGGUCUUUUAAUUAAAACUGUUGAAUGUUAAAAUCGUUAUUAAGGAAUUGUUUUUCUAUAAUUAAAAUUUCAGUGAAACCAUUGUUUGUAA